UGAAUUACACAAUCAUUUUUUUACACGAUUAUAAUCUGUCUAUGCUAUUAUAAUUGUAUUUUAACAUACUUCAAUAGACGGAUAGAGAGCCCACAGAGAUACUUGUGACGCCACUGGUUUUGACUAGAUGGGAUGCAGUUUGUAUCAGAAUUGACUUCUCGUAGCAGGUUAGAAUUUACGCUGCAGGUUAGGACAAUUAGGUUAAGGUUAGGAAAACGGUUAGCGAAACUGCACAAAAAAAAAAACUUUCAAAAAACACCUUUAGACCUAAGUUUGACAAACUGCAUCUCCUCUAGCCAUGACCACAUGCUGCUUGCUUGGUCAAACAGUUGGAUAAACGCAAAAGUAGUUAGGUUAGCUAGCCGGUCGUGUAUUUCUUGGACAUAUGAUAUACUAACGUUACAUAUUACUAAUGUCAAAACGGGUUUAGCAACAGCAUUAGCUAGCCACGAACAUCAAACCUACAUGUUUACAGUUAACAUAACCAUGACAGUGAGGCAUGAAUGAGAUUAUUAUCAACAUUAGCACACGGAGUUUGCCAGUUAAUACGAACGUCUAUGGAUCUGAUUUCCCAUCAAAGCCCAUCAACAUGACGAGGAAGCAACAUGGGAGAAGGGCGAGAAAGAAGAGGCAACGGGAGUGCAGAGAAACAACUGUUCAGUCUGUGACACUAUCUCAUGAACCACAGUUUGUGGCUCUAAGAAGAUGGCUGCAACAGAGAGGCUUCAGCUCCAAGCUUCUAGUACCUGCACACUUCUCAGACACGGGACGUGGACUAAUGACCUUACAGCCUAUCAAGGCUGAGGAUUUGGUGAUCUCCUUACCAGAAAAAUGCCUUUUAACUACCUCUACGGUUCUAAGGAGCUACAUUGGUGAAUACAUAGAAAGAUGGAAACCGCCUGUGUCUCCUCUCUUAGCCCUCUGUGCUUUCCUCAUCUCUGAGAGACAUUUUGGCCAACGUGCAGAAUGGAAGCCCUACAUCGACGUCCUGCCCCAAAAAUACACGUGCCCUGCUUACUUCUCAGAUGAGGUCAUCGACCUGCUGCCGGGGAGUCUGAGUGGGAAGGCCCUGGAGCAGAGAGCCAUGGUUCAGGAGCUGCACUCCUCUUCGUUGGACUUCUUCAGCUCCCUCCAGCCUCUCUUCAGUCAGCCCGUAGAGAGUGUGUUCACGUAUGAUGCACUGCGCUGGGCAUGGUGCAGUGUGAACACGCGCACUGUGUACAUGGAGCACCAACACACCCCCUACAUGUCCAGGGAGAGAAAUGUGUAUGCCUUAGCCCCCUACCUGGACCUGCUCAACCACUGCCCAGCCAUACAGGUCAAGGCGAGCUUCAGCCAUGUGAGCAGGUGCUAUGAGAUCCGUAGCAUCCAAGGCUGCAAGAGAUUCCAGCAGGCUUUUAUCUGCUACGGUCCCCAUGACAACCAACGUCUCCUGUUAGAGUAUGGGUUUGUUGCUCCUGGAAACCCUCACAGUGUGGUGUAUGUGGACCAAGUUAUCCUUCAACAGUGCGCCUGUAUAAAAGACAUAAAUCAGCUGGCACAGAAGCUACUCUUCCUGAAGAAAAAUGACUUUUUAGCAAACUUGACCCUUAGUUUGGAUGGGCCCUCCUGGAGACUGAUGACCGCCCUCAGGCUGCUGUCACUUAAGACAGAACAAUACCCUUUCUGGAAGAGUGUCCUCUUGGGGGCGGGGGUGAGCCACGACAGAGAGGAGUGGAGUGUUGAUGCAGCCCUUAGGCUUUGUCACUACCUGAUGGUUGACAACACUAGAGCUCUGAACAAGAUUUCCCAACUAACAGAGAGGGCAGACGCGUCUCUCAAGGAGCAGCUAGCUGUUGUGGAAUGUCUACGACGAGAAGAGCAAGACAUUUUAGGUCUUAACCAGGAAAUGCUGCAGGGUCUUCAGAAACAAUUGUUGCCAAGCAGACAGCAUGCACAACUUAGAACAGCAUGCACAACUUAGUAUGACAUUCCAGAACCGGUCACUUUAUUUAUCUAUCACUGGCUAUGCUUCUAUGUUUCAUUAUCAGUGCAAUGAAGUGUCCCUGCAAAAGGGCACUGUCACUAGCUAUGUUUCCAUUAACUUGUCUAGUGAUUUAUUUUGAACGUUUGCAUAGAAAAUAGAUGCGACAAUUGCUUGCUAGGGUGCAUUUCCAUUGAACUAUUUUGUCGAUUAAAAACAGCUGGACGUAAUGACAUCUCACCUAAAAAAAUAUUUACAACAAAAAUAAUAGCAGCCUGUAUGCCCUCCCACCUAUCUGUUUGUCUUAGGUAGCCUGCAAAAGCCAGCAUGGAUAGAAUGCAAUAAUCAGGGGCACAACUUUGGUUUUAGAAGUGUUGGGGACAUUAAAUGUUUAUUUUUUAUCCAGUUGGAUAAACAGCCUACCUGACCGCUCAGAGGCAUCGGCAUGGUCCUAAAGCACACCGGUGCCUCGUUUUGUAUCACAUUCCAAUUAUAAAAAUGCAAUUUCAGAAUGUGUGUGGGGGGGGACAUGUCUGCAGUGAAAGUUGUGCCCCUGGCAACAAUUGACUAAUAUUUGCCAUAUUCUAAUAAUUCUCAUGUGCCAACGUAUAGCCUCGGAUCUAGCGCCCUUGGGCAGGCAAUAUCGGCUGCCUAGGCUAGUCUGUGCCAUGUUGAAUCUUGCACUGAAAUAAUUCAGAAAAGCAAGGGAAAGUAUUCUUAAGUCGGGACAAUCCUUGUACCAUUUUUAUAGAUGGAAAAUUGUUAUUUUGUAAGCAGUGGGCAUUUAAUAUUAAAUGUAGAGUGGAUGAUGACAUCA